AGCAUUCACGUUUCCUUUUCAGCCGCUGCCGAAGAAACCCGAGCGAAAGAAAGUUGAAUGUGUUUUUAUGAGUUUUUGCAGGUUAACAAUUAUUGCCGUCAGUCUGACAGAGCUUCAGUUUACUGCUGUGUCGCAGGGCUGUGGGGCUUUGAACGGCGGCAGCAGGCAGACUGGCAGGCAGGCUGGGCUCCGUUUUGACGACGCUCAAAAAAAAGUCCGCGGGGAAGUUCCCCAGGAAAUCCCCGUUCGGGGAUAUUAUUCUCGACACUGAUGCGCCAAAUCUCCGGUAGAAUUUACCUCCUCGGUGCAUUUCUAAAAGACACGGGGCGAGAGGCAGAGGCGUCAAAUGCUGGAUGAUUAUUAUUAAAAGACCCGAUCGGUGUUGAAUCUACUAAAAUAAGUCCGCCAUGGAUAGCGCCAGCAUAGGCUCCGAGGGAGACGCGCUGCUGAGGGAGAGAACGCGGAGCUACAGCGUCCUGAACACCCUGUAUCACGAGACGCGGGGGGAGAUGGAGCUCCUCAACAAGCAGCUCCGCCUGAAGGACAACAUUAUUGCAGACCUAAAGACCAGGCUGGUCAGACACGAGAGGAUGUACAUGACGAUGGGAGACGAUGAGCCCGUGGUCAUCGGUCCGUCCAACUCCCUGGUGGAUAGCCUGCUGUCAGAGAUCUGCAAGUUGAAGCAGAAGAGAAACGACAUGGAGGUCAAAGCAGCCCGACAAGGAGAGGAGAUCCAGAGGCUGACUGCACAGAUCAGAGAGAAGGAGCUGGAGCUGGAGCGGAUCCGGAGUCAGCCGGACCACGAGAAGGACCAGGAGAUCCAGAGGCUGCGGGCGGCCCUGGAGGAGCGCGAGCGGGCCGAGGCCACCCGGAGCAUCCUGUGCUCGUCGCUGGCCGAGGAGGCGGACCAGCUGCGCGGCCAGCUGGGCGCCACCGUCAAGGUGUGCCAGGAGCUGCUGGCCCGGCUGGAGCGGGAGAAGAAGGGAACAGGAGGAGAAGUGGAGGAGCAAAGAGCCGAGGAGACACCGCAGCUCUCCGACCUGAAUGCUGCUAAAUCCCAUAUCCGGCAACUUCAGGAAGAAAACCAGCAGCUGAAGCAGCGCGUGUCUUACGUGCAGGAUCUGAACUCCCAGUGGCAGAAGUACGACUCCAGCAGGGAGGAGUACAUCCGGGUGUUGGGUCAGAAGCUGAAGGAGAACUCCGGGCCGGGCCUGAUGCCGGUCAUGGGCUCCAUCCGGACCGGCAUGCUCCAACAGGAGAUUUCCAGGCUCAACGCCCUCCUGGAGGAAAAAAUCAGGGAGUGCUCCAGGCUGGACAGAGAAGUGGAGGACAUGAAGAGGCAGGGGCAUGAGAGAAUCCAGACCCUGGAGCAGCAGGUCCUCAUCUACACUGAAGACUUUAAGUCGGAGCGUGCCGACAGAGAACGAGCUCAGGGUCGGAUCGCGGACCUGAAGGAGCAGAUUUCUCAGUUAAAGCAGCAGCUGCACAAACAGCAGGGGUCCGGCAGGGACAGCCGGGACAUUGUCCCCUUGUGUCGCGUCCACAUCGGUCACCGGAUCUCCCCGAGGCGAAACAAGGACUCCUCAGAGCCUCUGCUGAGGACGGCCGCUGACCGGCAGCAGCAGGCUCCCGCGCCGCCGCCACCGCCACAGCCUGCCGCCACGGGGGCAGCAGCCGCCGCGGCAACAAACUGGAGCGAAUGCCCGGGCCCGUCGGAGCUGCAGUGUCCGCAGUGUCACGCCAGGUUCAACGACACAGAGGCCGCAGAGUGCAUGAAGCAUUUCGACGAGUGCGCCCGGCUAUGAGAACGGCCGUCUGUUGCUGAACACUGCAGGCCAGCACUACAGCACAGGGAACGCGAGCGACUCGGACGUCAGACUACAAACCAAACAACUGACUGAAGACUCUUUCCAAACAGUGAACCCAAAGUUUCCCUGCAAGCCUUUCUGCGUCUGCACCCACACCGUCUUCACUGCUCUCCUGUGGAAAGAGAGGAUGCCAAUGCAAUAUAUAUAUACAUGUAUGUAUAGAUAUAGAUAUCUGUAUGUAUAUAUAAUGUGAAAUACCUCAUGGUUAAAUUACAAACUUGCUGCACUUUCUUUACAUUUAACCAAAAGACUUAUCGUAGGAUUGUACGAUUGAGAUGAUUGAUAAGCUCCUUCCUUUGGAAUCCAGACACCUAGUUGUUCAUGUGGUGCUAUUGUUAUUAUUAUUAUUAUUAUUUUUAAUGUUUAUUAUUAUUUUCUAUUGGACUUACUAUUAUUCUUCAACAAAAUAUAUAUUUUCAAUGGCAGAUGUAAAAUAUAAAAGUGUAUUGCUAUAUUGAUAUUUAUUCUCUUUUGUAUAUCUAACUGGAAGACACGAAUCGUUUUAGUGCAAUCAUCUGUUCUCUCUUUUCCAACCCGGGUCAUGAUAUAUUCAUAUAUAUUUUUUGCAAACCUUUGGGAUGGAAUAAGCGUGAAAUAUUUCGCAGCAAGACAAAACGUAUUUGAUCAGCUUCUUUGUAAAGAUUGCAUCCAAGCUGACAACACAGUUGGUGUUUUUCAGUAUUUUUGUAAUAAACCCUGCUGACAGGCAC